GGUUAAAGGCAGAUGGCGAACUUCAAAGGCCAUGCCCUGCCGGGCAGCUUUUUCCUCCUGUUUGGGUUGUGGUGGUCCAUCAAGUACCCCCUCAAGUAUUUCAACAGCAAGGUGAAGGGAAACUGCCGAUCCAACAAGUGUUACCAGCGUUUGGAGCUCAUCGAGGGGAUAACCAAAGUGGUCUUUGUGCUCAUCGGGAUGUUGGCCGAGCAGUUCGUUCCUGAUGGGCCUCACAUGCACCUCGUCAACAGGGAAGACCACGGCUGGGUGAAGCUUAUGAACUGGCAGCAUACCACCAUGUACCUCUUCUUUGGCAUUUCGGGAGUUGUGGAUAUCCUGACUUAUCUUCCUCUGCAGAUGCCUCAAGGCCUGGAUCGCCUCAGUUUGGCCAUAGCUGUGUUUGUUGAAGGUCUCCUAUUUUACUUUCACGUUCACAAUCGUCCAGCACUGGACCAGCAUAUCCACUCUCUGCUGCUCAUAGCUGUUUGCGGAGGCUUUGUCAGCAUUAUGCUCGAGGUCUUCAUGAGAAAUCACAUCGUGCUUGAAUUAUUCCGUUCCAGUCUUGCCAUUUUACAGGGGUCGUGGUUCUUUCAGAUCGGCUUUGUCCUCUACCCGCUUGGAGGAGCUCCAGAAUGGGACCAGACAGAUCAUGGAAACAUCAUGUUUAUCACCAUGUGCUUCUGCUGGCAUUACGCCGUGGCUCUGCUGCUUAUUGCUAUUAAUUAUUCGUUGGUGUGCUGUUGUGUGACCAGGCAUAAAAGAUUGUCUGGGGAUGUAAGUAUCGGGAUCAGGAAACUGAAUUCCAGCAAUGCUGAGGCCCAGGCGUCUCUGCUCGCCGAGUCUGAAGAGGAGUAACACGGCCCACGCGGACGCGCUUUUGCAAUAAGGGUCGGGUAGA